UUGAAGAUACUUGAUUCAUCCCCCCCUUUAUUGCAAAAUGAAGCUAAAACAAAAAUCACACGUCAUUUUUCUCUUCUGGUAUCUCAUCUUUGUGUGUAAUCGGGUUCUUGGAGCCUCAAAAAAUGGUGAUGGGGGAUUUAGAUUGGAAGAAAAAGAAGAACACCAUGUCAAAAUAUCAGAUUUUCCAAAAGGGUUUAUAUUUGGUGCUGCCAGUUCCUCUUACCAAGUUGAAGGAGGUUAUAUUGAGGAUGCAAAAUCCUUAAGCAAUUGGGAUGUAUUUUGUCAUUCUGUAGGUUGUGGAAAAAACAGAGAGAAUGGAGAUGUUGCAGAUUAUCAUUAUCAUCUAUUUUUGAAAGACAUUGAGAUAAUGCAUUCCCUUGGCCUAAAAGCAUAUCGAUUUUCGAUUUCAUGGGCUAGAAUUCUUCCAAGAGGAAAGUUCGGUGAAGUUAAUAUUGCAGGGAUCAUGUUCUAUGACAAGAUCAUCAACAAUCUUAUUCUCAAAGGAAUUGAGCCGUUUGUGACGAUUAACCAUUAUGAUUUUCCUCAAGAACUUGAAGAUAGAUUUGGGUCUUGGCUAAACGGUGAAAUGCAGGAACACUUUGUUCAUUUGGCAGAUACUUGUUUCAAGUACUUUGGAGACCGAGUAAAGUAUUGGGCUACAAUUAACGAGCCAAACUUGUUCACGAACUUUGCUUAUAAGUGGGGGAUUUAUCCACCAUCUCGUUGCUCAAAGUUUUAUGGUAACUGUCAUACUGGAAACUCUGAAGUGGAGCCUCUCAUUGUUAUGCAUAACAUGUUAUUGGCCCAUGGCAAAGCGGUAGAGCUAUAUCGUCAAAAGUACAAGCUUAAACAAGCUGGAUUACUCGGGAUUGUUGUAAAUUGUCACACAUUCAUACCACUAACAGAAAGUUUGCUUGAUAUUGAAGCUGCCAAAAGGGCGUUUGCUUUCGAAAUUGGCUGGGUACUUGAUCCCCUGAUAUACGGAGAGUACCCCUUAGAAAUGCUUAAGUACAUUGGAAGUGAUUUACCAAGUUUCUCCAUUAAAGAAAAGAAAAUUGUGAAGAAUAGUCUUGAUUUUAUUGGUAUCAACCAUUACUCGUCUUUUUAUGUUAAAGAUUGUACAAACUCUACUUGCUCUCCAAUUGCAAAUCGUCCAAUCCAAGGUUUCCUUGACAUUGUGGUAGAGCGAGAUGGUGUGUUGAUCGGUGAACCUACGGGGAUGGAAGAUACAUACGUUGUUCCUAACGGAAUGGAGAAGAUUGUUAACCAAAUCAAGUUUCGGUAUAAAAAUAAACCCAUGUUUAUUACAGAAAAUGGAUAUUCUUCACCCGAUCUACAAGAGAAACGAGUGAAUGUGGUUUUAAAUGACGUGAAACGAGUUCAAUUCCACUUAGAAUACCUUGAAUUUUUAGCUAAAUCCAUAAGAAAGGGAGCAGAUGUACGCGGAUAUUUCAUAUGGUCAUUGAUGGAUAGCUAUGAAUGGCUUACUGGUUACAAUUUGAAGUUUGGGUUAUAUUAUGUGGAUCGUCUAACACUAACACGAAUACCAAAGCUUUCUGCAAGAUGGUAUAAAAGUUUCUUAAUAGAAAACACUACCGAUCUUGUCAAUAUUAAAGCAUAUGCAUAAAAUAUUCCAUGCAAAAUUUUGUAUGUUGGGUUCAUAAUAAUAUUAUCAAAUGACUGUAUUACUCAUCUAUAAUAAGUUAACACUAAGUUGAAACCAACGACACUAUUGUGCGGAAAGAUUACCUAAUUAUCGCCUCUAUAUUACCCCAUUUUCUUAUAAGAUUUCUAUUUCGUUGUUGUU